AAGACAGUUAUUUUUCCCUUCCAGUAUUAAUUAUAUGAAUGAUUAUGUAAGCCUUUUAACAAAGUUAGUGUAUUGAGUUUGAAACUGUUUCAGGGUGCUGUUUCUUAUAUAUGUAUACGACCUGAUAAUGUACAUUGUGCCAAUGGUGGAGGUUUUAAUCUGAAUAACGCUCAAUUGGUCGAACAAAAACUAUUUUAAUUAUAUCAUUACACAUUAAAAUUAUCUUAUUCUCUUCAAUCGACAAAACAUGGCAAUGGAAAACUAAAGUGAAAAUCAUUGUAACUUAAUUUUUUGGAAGGAGGGUUGAAGAUUCUUAAAGGCAACUAUGAGAAACUUUAGUGAAAUGUAGAAGCCGCCAAGAAAAACUAGCGGCUUUUAUUUAAUUAUAUAUAUUCUUUAAUUAUAUAUGAGAAACUAUGUUGAAGCAUCCAAUUGGAAUAAAGGUUGAAGAUUCUUUAAUGCCCAAACCACAAAACCGUUUCAGUGGAAAAAACAGGACAUUCAAAAAAUAAUGUUUUCAUAUACACUAACGUUAAGAUAAUUGAGCAGCCAACUUGGACUUCAUGCAAUAGUGGCAAUUGCAACUUGAUUUCGUCUGAAUCUCAGUGCAAAGUCUCAGAAACUUGGUAGAACCUUCCAAUAACCAUUUCUCUUUACCUCAAUACAUAAUCAAACAACUUCAUUCACAGCUUCAACCCUUCAUUUCUAUCACCCGUUCUUGCUUUUGCAUUUGCAUCUUUACACAAAUUCUAUUGCACAUCUUUCAUUCUCUACAAGUUUGUUUCCACUUUUGGCAAUUGCAAUGGCAUCUAACGCCAUCAUCCAAUGCAGCUCCUCUUCUUCUCACAUGAUAAGGACUUAUGAUGUGUUUGUCAGCUUUCGCGGUGAAGACACACGCAACAACUUCACUUCCUUUCUCUUUCAUGAUCUCAGUAGAAAUGGCAUUGUGGCUUUCAAAGAUGAUACGCAUCUCCACAAAGGUGAAUCCAUUGCACCCGAGUUGCUACAAGCCAUUGAAGGGUCUCGCCUUUUCAUUGUGGUCUUCUCUAAGAACUAUGCUUCCUCCACUUGGUGCUUGCGUGAAUUAGCACACAUAUGCAAUUGCAUUCAAACUUCACAAAGGUGUGUUCUUCCUAUCUUUUAUGAUGUUGAUCCUUCAGAUGUGCGAAAACAGAGUGGAUGCUAUGAAAAAGCCUUUGUAGAACAUGAAGAAAGAUUCAGAGAAGAUAAAGAGAAGAUGGAGGAAGUGCAGACAUGGAGAGAAUCUCUCACUCGAGUGGCCAAUCUCUCUGGUUGGGAUAUCCAAAACAAGCCACAAUACGUAGAGAUCGAAGAAAUUAUUCAAAAGAUAAAAAAUAUAAUGGGUCAUAAAUUUUCGUGGCUUCCAAAAGAUAAUUUAGUUGGAAUGGAAUCUCGUGUUGAAACAUUAUCAAGGAUAUUGUAUUUAGAGUUGGUUAAUGAUGUUCGUGUUGUUGGAAUUAGUGGAAUGGGUGGGAUAGGAAAGACAACUCUUGCUUAUUCUUUAUAUGAAAGAAUCUCUGAACAAUAUAAAUUUUGUUGUUUUAUUGAUGUAAGCAAAAUUUAUCAAGCUUCUGGUACUAUAGGUGUACAAAAACAGUUACUUUCUCAAUGUCUUAAAGAAAAGAAUCUUGAGAUUUCCAAUGCUUCUGAGGGAACAUGUUUAGUAUGGGAAAGGUUACACCAUGCAAGGGCACUUAUUGUUCUUGAUAAUGUUGAUCAAGAUAGGCAACUAAAUAUGUUUACAGGAAAUAGGGAGACUCUGUUACGUGAAUGCCUAGGUGGAGGGAGUAGAAUUAUCAUAGUUUCUAGGGAUAAACAUAUAUUGAGGAAAUAUGGAGUAGAUGAUGUUUAUCAAGUCCAACCAUUGAAUGACGAAGAUGCUACCCAAUUGUUCUACAAAUAUGCUUUCAAAGGUAAUCAUAUUAUGACUGGUUAUGAGGAGUUGACAUAUGAUAUACUAUCACAUGUUCAAGGCCAUCCUUUGGCAAUUCAAGUAUUGGGCUCAUCUUUGUUUGAUCGAAAUAUCUCACAGUGGAAAAGUGCAUUGGUUAGAUUUAAAGAAAAUAAAAGUGACAAUAUUAUAGAUUUCCUGCGAUUAGGUUUUGAUGAGUUGGAUAACCUAGAGAAGGAGAUAUUUCUAGAUAUUGCUUGUUUCUUCAACAAUGAAAAGGAAGAAAGGGUGAUGGAGAUUCUAGAUUUUCGUGAAUUUCAUCCUGAAUAUGGUCUACAAAUUCUUGCUGAAAAAUCACUUAUAACUGUUGAAUGUGGACAUAUUCGUAUGCAUGACUUGUUGAUAGAUUUGGGAAGGUGCAUUGCUCGAGAAAAAUCACCUAAGGAGCCAAUAAAGUGGACUAGGUUGUGGGAUUACCAAGAUCUGCACAAAGUUAUGUCAAACAAUAUGGAAUCUGUAAAUCUUGAGGCUAUAGCUGUUGUAGAUUUCCUAAUGGAGUUUGAUGAAACAACUAUAAGGGCAGAUGCUCUAUCAAAAAUGAGUAAACUUAAGUUUCUCAAACUUGAAUUUGUGAACUUUUGUGGCAACCUCGAUCAUCUUUCUAAUGAGUUGGGAUAUCUUAGAUGGGGAGAUUAUCCUUUUAAGAGUUUACCUCCAAGUUUUCAACCGGACAACCUUGUUGAGUUGUCUCUACGUGUGAGCAACAUCAAACAAUUGUGGAAAGAUAGAAAGCAUCUACCGAAUUUAAGACAUUUGGACCUCGCUCAUUCCAAAAACCUAAUCCAGAUACCAGAUCUUGGGGAGGCCCCAAAUCUUAGGUUGUUGGAUUUGAAUGGAUGUAAAAAACUCAGGCAGCUUCAUCCAUCUGUUGGUCUUUUAACAAAGCUGACUCUUUUGAAUUUGGAAAAAUGUAAAAGUCUUAUCAAGACACCACAUUUCAGAGAGAACCAAAUUCUUGAAACACUAAAUUUACGAGGAUGUAGACAACUCAAGGAGAUCAAUCCAUCCAUUGGUCUUCUGCAAAAGCUUACCUUUUUAGAUUUGGAUAGGUGUGAAAAUCUAAUAAGCUUACCCAAUAGCAUAUUGUGCCUAAGUUCUCUAGAAUAUUUGAAUCUCUCUCGCUGUCCGAAAUUGUUUAAUACCCAGUUGUUACAUGAAGCAAGGGAUGAAGAGCAAAUGAAGAAGCUUUGCAUAGGUGAAUCUCCGAUUUGUUCCCACUCAACAUCGUCCAUCAUGAAAAAGUGGUUUAAGUCACCUUUACAUUUGUUGCAUUCUAGAGCACGUAAAGGUCCAGUUAGUCGCUUGUUGCCUUCCUCGCCUACACUUGGUUGUAUGCGUGAACUUCAUCUAAAUUUCUGCAAUUUAGUUCAAAUACCUGAUGCUAUUGGAAAUUUACAUCUCUUAGAAUCCCUAUGUUUAAGGGAAAACAAUUUCGCCACACUGCCGAGCCUCAAGGAGCUUUGGAAGCUGUACUCUUUAAAUUUACAAGAUUGUAGGCAGUUGAAGUAUUUUCCUGAGCUUCCUUCGCGAACUGACUUGUCAUCAGAAAGAUACCAGCUCCCAGAGUAUUUAAAUAGGGAUCUUUAUGACAUAAGAGAGCAUUUGAGAGUUGAGGUUUACAAGUACAAGAAAGCGGGAUUAAAUAUUUAUGGUUGUCCAGAAUUAGUUGAUUUGGAACGUUGCACUAGCAUGGCUUUUUCAUGGACGAGACAAAUUCUUGAGGCUCACUACCAAUACAAACGUCCGUGUCUGUCAUACAAUGAUGUGUUUCCUCUACACAUUGCAAGUAUUAUUAGAGGAAGUGAAAUACCCAGUUGGUUCAACAAUGAUCACGAAGGCAUAGGCAGUUUAAUAACCUUAGAUGAAUCUCCCCUUAUGCAGAAAGACAAUAAUUGCAUAGGCCUUGCUUGUUGUGUAGUAUUUGGACCUCCUUCUAGAAUAAUGGCUCCUCCCAAAACAGAAUCAGUUCGUCGUUUUCGUGCUGAGAUUCCAUUGUUUUUGGGAGAAGAUCAAGUCACGGAAGAUCACUUGUGGUUGUUCUAUUAUGCUUUACCACAAUCGUUGUUGACAUGCUGGGAUGCACAUUUCAAAUUGGAAAUUGAGAUAACAAACAUUGGAAGUUGGACUUUUGAGGUGAAGAAAUAUGGGUAUCGUUGGGUAUAUGAGAAACCCCUAGAAGUAUCAAACUUGAUAAUGAUGCACAACCCAAAUUCGUGAGCUUGGAAGCACAACUUUUUGGCAAUUGAGGAAGCCAUGCAUGUAUCAACUGCAUAUUUCUGCUACACUUCCAUAGUUCCAUCCUAUAGAAGGAUUGGAGGCAUCAUCCAAUAUGGAUGCAAGAUUAGUAACAAUAGACCAAACAAGGAUGCACAGUAGAAUUCAAAUUCACAAUGACUCCAUGGAUGUCUUUACAAGUUGCACUAAGAUUAAAUUUAGUGCUACUUUGUUUGAUUACAGAGGGAAGAAAUGCUCUUGGUCUUUUAUUUUAUUUUAUUUUAUUUUUUUUAUUUUCUCAUUAUUUAAAAAAUGUAAAGCAUAUUAAAGUUGUUCCAUAAUCAGUUUCCGCAUCUUGCAUCUGUAGGAUCCUUCUGUUGGUAAGCAUAUGAUUCUUUUUCUUUUGUUUUAUAUGUUUCUAAUCCUUUUUAUAUUGACAUAACCUAAUAUUAUGCUCC